AUGCUACAUCUUACUUUUAAAAACACUUUUAGUCACAUACUGGAUUUGAUAAACAAUAUUCCAAGUUUUCAGUCUGAAUAUGGGAGUAUAUUACGACAUCUUUUGCUGGUCAAAGACUACCGAUUUCAUAUGAGGAAGAAAAUUUACUCUGGUCUUAUGGUUUUCUACAUGGAAAAGGUGGUGACAACAUUGACAGAGAAAAAUAACAUCCUCCUAACCCUUCAUUCUCUUCUAGAAAAUCCUCCUGGAGAUUUCACAGAUAACCUUAGGGAGGAUAUCGUGAAGGGGUUUGUUAAGAUAUUUUCUAAUAUAAGGGAUGAAGAAAAAGUUUCUUACAAAUUAAUUGAGUGUAUUAAUACGUACUUGUUAAAGGAUGGUCCAAAUUUAAGUUGUCAGUCCUUAGAGAUCCAUAACGCUAUACAACCAGUUGUUUCUCGUUGUUGGCUGACAACACGUGAUAAGGGUCUUAAGGAUGCACUUGUUCUUUAUGCUAGGUUACAGCUGAAUUUAGUUAGAGGUGUAACUGAUGGGAGUUUAUUGGUUGAUCAACUCUUGGAUGUCAUAUGUAGGGAACUAGAUCUAAGCAAUUCAUCAAUUCCUAAUACUUCUUGGUGA